UCUAAGCUCGUCUCCACUAGCAGCGGCAAUGACGCGACAGACAGUGAAGCCAAGCGCAUCAGGGGAAUGAAACCUAGAGAUGAAAAUGGUGAAUCAAAAACUGAGGCAGAGGCAAGUUCUGGAUUAUGUAACAAGAAUACUGACCAAAAUACCCAGCCAUCAGAAGCACCUAAGCAAGAUUACAUCCAUGUCAGAGCAAGAAGGGGUCAAGCAACUGACAGUCAUAGCCUCGCUGAGAGAGCUAGGAGAGAAAAGAUAAGUGAGCGGAUGAAGAUUCUUCAAGACCUGGUUCCUGGAUGCAACAAGGUUAUUGGAAAAGCAUCAGUUCUUGAUGAGAUUAUCAAUUACAUCCAAGCGCUGCAGCGUCAAGUUGAGUUUCUCUCAAUGAAGCUUGAAGCUGUCAAUUCCCGGAUGAAUUCUGGAAUUGAAGGCUUUCCGUCCAAAGAUUUUGGAACACAGGCAUAUGAGACUCCUAGCCUGGCAUUCAGCUCGCAGGCCCCAAGGGAAUACGGCCAAGGAUCAGCAACAGAAUGGCUACACAUGCAAGUUGGCGGUGCUUUUGAGAGAGUCACAUAAAUGUGAUGAAAAACCAAUCAUCCCUUCCUCAUUCAGUAAUAAGGAGCGUGUACCAGGCUGAAUCUACUCCACGGUUGUAGGUUAUUUUUCUUCAUGUCACCUCCCAGAGUCUGAAGAAGUAUGUUUUGAAUGGGAUACUAUCUCCAUCUUGGAGCUGUUCUGUCUAUAUAAUCAUGCAUAUAUAUACUUAUACAUUGAAAAAUUUGGGCAGUUUCCUUAUUCUAGCAUUAUUGGAGAUCAAUGUACUCUCUUCAAGUCUUCCUUUGGUAUUUCUUGUGGUUAAAGGACAUGAAAGACUGAAAACUGUAUUAAUGUAGUAUUGUUGAAGUGAACUCAGAAAUUAAUUAAUGUUUGCUUCAGAGUUAA